AUGGUGGUGCAGGAGCCUCGGGAGAUGGUUUGCAACCUCUAUUUUAUAGUUAUCAUCUUAAUCUCCAGCUAAGAAGAUGCCAAAAUGAUUCUGAUGGCUGCAGAGAACCUGGGACUCCACACUGGGGAAUUCGUCUUCAUCAUUUUGCAGCAGUUGGAGGACGGAUUUUGGAAGGAAGUAUUGACAGACCAGAAAGUGACGCACUUCCCCACAGUCUAUGAGGCAGUGUUUAUCACAGCCCUCAGCUCCUAUGGAGAAGGCCCUGGAGAUGAAAGCUUCCGAGAGCAAGUCUACCGAAGGCUGAGGGAGCUGCCCUUCCACAGCCCCAUCUCCACGGAGGAGCAGGUGAACUGCUACUCUGCCUACCUUUAUGACGCGGUCCUGCUGUAUGCUCAGACGGUGAAGGAGAUGAUAAAGGCCGGAAGGGAUUUCCGUGAUGGGCGGCAGCUGGUCCUCACUCUGAAAGGCUCCAAUCAGACUGCCUUUCGGGGAAUCACCGGCCCCGUGUUUGUGGAUCCCCGGGGAGAAAGGCGCAUGGAUUACUCGGUCUAUGCCCUACAGAAAUCCUGAAGUGGGUCCCUUUUGCUUCCUCUUCUUCAGUACCACAGCUCUCAGGAAGCUGUCAGACUCACAAGGAACUUCUCCACUGUUACUUGGCGCCGUGGCUCCCUUCCUAAAGAUGAACCUGGCUGUGGAUUUUCCAAUGAACUCUAUGAAACUGAGCCUGCUAUUACAGGUCAGUAUGGCCACCUAGAGAAGGCAGCCGAAAAGGAUUCUCUCCAGCAGGGCUUCACAGCAGCGGCAGCACCAUUGGCGUUUCGGGCUGAUAACCUUUGUUUGUGUGUGAAGGAGGGCAAGUCAGGGGCUGUCCUGUGUGUAUUAGAAGGCCUAGCUGCAUCUCUGGUCUCCAUCCACUGGAGGAUUACUGUCCUGGGAGCUGUCAUCAUAGGUCUGAUGUUAAGGAUAAAGAGGGGAACAUUGCAGAGGCAAAGGAAAGACAUUUGGUGGCAAAUCAAUUAUGAUGAUGUCACCAUUCUGCCCCGGAGCAAGCUGGCCCAGAGAAGCAAGCCUGUGUCUACAGAGAACAGUAGCCGCUCGGCUAGCGGGAUGAUUUCUGGAGACUUGAGCUCCUUUGUCAAGAGCCAGCAGAGGGAAGAGCUGUUUCAUGCCCCAGUAGGACUUUACCAGGGAAAGCACGUGGCCAUCUGCUGUGUUGGUGACCAAGCAGAAGCCUGGGUCAGGAAGCCGUCCGUGCGGCAGGAAAUCCUGCUGAUGUGUGAAUUAAGGCACGAAAACAUUGUGCCCUUCUUUGGUGUUUACAUGGAACCACCCAACAUCUGCAUUGUCACCGAGUAUUGCAAAAAAGGAAGUCUUAAGUUAAGCAAAACAGAUGUUUUGAGAAACUCAGACAAUGAAAUGGAUUGGAUAUUCAAGCUCUCAUUUGCAUAUGCCAGAGUCAAUGGGAUGCUGUUCCUCCACAGGAGCCCACUGGGGUCCCACGGUAACCUCAAGUGUUCCUGGUGGACGGUCAGAUGCAGUGAAGCUGUCAGGAUUCGGGCUGUGGGAACUAGCCACAUGAGUGUACUAGACAGUAUGGUGAACAAGCUGGAAGCGUACGCCAGUCACCUGGAGGAGGUGGUGGAAGAGAGGACCAACCAGCUGGUGGCCGAGAAGAGGAAGGUGGAUCGGCUUCUGUCCACAGUGCUGCCCGUCUUCGCUGGAGAACAGCUCAGAGCUGGAAAGUCCAUGGAACCGGAGCAUUUUGAGUCUGUGACGAUCUUUUUCUUGGACAUUGCUGGAUUCCCAAAACUCUGUCCUCUCAGCUCCCCCUUGCAAGUCGUCAAGCUCCUUAAUGAGCUGUACAGUGUGUUUGAUCACAGCGUUAAAGCUCCCGAUGUGUAUAAGGUGGAAACCAUUGGAGAUGCGUACAUGAUGGGCAGUGGACUUCCCAUCCACAAUGGAACCCAACAUGUGGGUGAGAUUGCCACGAUGUCCUUGCACUUCCUAAGUGCCACCAUCCACUUCCAGAUUGGGCACAUGCCUGAGGAAAAGCUUAAGCUUCGGAUUGGCCUCCACACAGGUCCGGUGGUGGCUGGCGUGGUGGGAAUCGCCACGCCCAGAUACUGUCUGUUUGGAGACACAGUGAACGUGGCACCCAGAGUGGAGAGCAGCAGUUUGCCGCUCCGAAUUCACGAACUCACAUCUCUCGACCAUGCAGGUGUCCUGCUGGCACUGGGAGGCUACGAUUUCAAGAGAGGCAUCAUUCCAGUCAAGGGCAAAGGAGAACAGACAACUUUCUGGUUGAAAGGCAAAGGCUUCACAAUUCCACUCCCCAAAUUUACUGAGGAAGAAGCUCACAUCCCAGAGAUUGUCUGA